UCAAGCUUUCCAGAGGUGUUUGCACAACCAACAAGAGAGGAGUCCUAUAAAACCAACCCCAAACUGAAGCACACCCCAAGCCUCCAGGCUUGAAUUCUCAGGAGAGGACUGCCUGUCUCUGGAUCCACAUCUGUGUCCUAGCCCACAAGCCCACAAGGUGACAGCCUGGGCUGGGGGCUGCCCCAACGUGCCCCCAGCCUGCCCAGCAACCUGGACACCCUGGAGAACUCCACAGCUCCCUGGCCUAAGACCUCAGGAUGUUUUCAGGGCCUCAAGCGACAAGAGGGAUGCUAUGGUCAUGGCAGGAUGUUCACUGUGUAAAUGAGACCAGAUGGGAGGAUGAGCACAUCUUAUGCAGAUCAUAAGCUGUUUUCCCUUAAGCCACCUGGAUGUGAAUUAAAACAGAUCCAGGAAAGCCCUUGUUGGUGAGGGGAGAAGCAGUAUGCUGGUGAAGAUGGACAACCCAUGUGCCUUCAGCAGAGAGAAAAAGGGUGUGUACUGAGAACUCCAGGAAAGAAAAACAAGAACUGGCUUCACCCUGCCAAUAUUUCUAAAAAUGAGAAAAGAGGAACAGAAGUGAGCAAUGUGUCAGCCUCCAACACUGACUUACGAACAGGGGCUUGACCUGCAGAGUGCUGGGUGAAGGGUGGAGAUCCAAGGUCUCACAGGAGCUCUGCAGGGAGUGAAUCACAACUCGAGCAUGAGUCAACAGAACCUGGCUGUUGUGAAAAUGUUAAAUGUCAACAGAGGAGUGUUUACACAGAACCGUAACUUAUAAAAUGCAUGAAGCAUCCCUUCAGCUGCACUCAGCACUAGUAAGGCCUCAGCCAGAGCAGGAUGUCAAAUGUUGAGCAAUUUUUUUCCUCUUCAAGGGAAACAUGGUGUAGCUGGAUGGCAGCCAAGCAGAGAGAAUCAAGCAGAGAGAAUUGGAAGAACCUGUCCUGUCUUCACAGGUCACGGAUUAUGUAGCAUUCAGUGUGAACAACACAAGACCAAAGAGAACACAGAAAUUCAGUUUUCUCUAAGAAGCAUACUUUGCAAAGAAGGAAUUUAUCCAUAUAAGUAGGACAAGAAUAAUAGACUUAAUUGAAGAUUGAGAGAAAUAGGUUAGAUAUUAGGAAAAACAUUCUAGUCACAGGGACAGUUACUAGGAGAGAGGUGGUCUGAAGAAGCUGUAAAAACCUCUGAGAGAUUUUAAAAUACUGUUUUAAAUAAACAGAGGCCAGGAAAACACUGAGGGAGAUGCACAAUGGGAGCUUUGGGGCCCCUCCUCAUUCUGUCUGCAUGAUUCCCAGCUUGUGAGAACUAAACUUGGCUGAUGCUCAGUUUUGCCCACAAACUAAUUCCAAACUUAUGGUACUAGGCACACUGGUCAGUACUCAUCAAAACCACAGCCAGAAAUAUUCUCUAUUCCACCAAGAGAAGCUUUCAUGUAGCGUGGGCUGAACUCCAAUAAAAUCCUCUGAAUUAAACCCUGUUGCAUUGAAGUGACAUUGAUUUCAGAAUUUUGUUCUGUGACAAAUCCAAACUUGGGAUUUUCUGGUCUUCAUGCCUAUCUUAGGCAGCUAAAUGAAUGCAGCCCCUCUAAUACUCCCUGCGCAUUAGGUGAAGUAAAUCCUCUCUUGGCAAUUAUCUGAAGACACCUAUUGAGUUCAAUGAGAAACAGCAGCUCAGGCAACUGGAGCGCAGAGCCCAUUGUCAUGUUUAUGCAAAACUUGCUUCCCAUGCCCAAAAGCUGUUUGUUCCUCCGUGCCCUGUACUGUGGAUGGUAGCACAGCUUAGCAUGUCAGCUGUCAGAGGGGAGUAGCACAGAUGAGAGAAGCACACCUCAGGCUCCUGUUCUUGAUCUCCUGUGGAUGCCCAGGCAUGACUUGGGGGCAGAAAGAAUUGCAAAGCAAGUAAACAUCUGUCUCAAACCCAGGGGGAUGUUCCAUAGGCAAGGACACAUCCAGUCCCUUUGGACAAUUCCCAAAGGAAUUGUACUGCACUGGAGGGGACGCCCUGUGGCAGAGGGGAGACAGGCCCUGCUUUGCCUAUCACUCUCCCAGCAGGACAGACAGAGUGAAGAGAGUUUGGACCUUAAAAGGAAAGUGAGCUGAGGCUUUGAUUAGCAGAGCCAUAGAAAAAUAAAUGAAGAAUGACUGUGGAGAGCCAUAAGUAUAUGCUGAAAACUUACAGGGAAACCGAUGCCAAGCAGGUUGUGAUAAAUUUUAAAUUCCAAAUGGAGAUGGAUUCCCAUGUGCAGAUGCCAAACACAACUUUUUCUACAUAACUUGAAGAAGAAUUGUGACCUGGGAGUAUAAAGACUGUACAAGGGAGACUCCUUUGGAUGGCUGGAAGGUGCCCAAGAUCCGAAGAAGGAGAUUGAGACACAGUUGUCUAUUCAGGUUUAUGAUGUUGUGUCAUCAGCUCCUGCUUGUCUUUGGCCUGUCACUAGCAUGUGGGGUGUGUGCAUUUAGACCUUGCUACUCAGAAGGCGGAGUCUCCAUAUAUUUUUACUGCAGCCUCACAGCUGUUCCACCUGUGCCAAAGGACACAGUGAAACUUUUCCUGACUUUCAACUAUAUCAGACAAGUGACUGCGACUUCGUUUCCACUGCUGGAGCGCUUGUUGCUGUUGGAAAUGGGAACGCAGUUUGUCCGUCCUGUUACCAUAGGAAAAGGAGCGUUCAGGAACCUGCCAAACCUUCGUACCUUAGACUUGGGAGGCAAUGGCAUUCUUCAACUGGAUCUUGAUGCUUUGGUGGGCUUGUCAAGCCUGACUGUCCUCCGUCUGUUUAACAACAACCUUGGAGAUUCCAUCCUGGGAGAACGUUACUUUCAGGAUUUGAGGUCAUUAGAAGAAGUGGAACUUUCAGGGAAUAAAAUCACAAAACUUCACCCUCAUCCCUUAUUUUAUAAUCUAACAGCCUUGAAAAAUGUGAACCUGAAAUUGAACAGGAUAUCCAACUUUUGUCAAACCAAUCUUACCAGCUUCCAAGGAAAACACUUUGUACUUUUUAACCUUGAUUCUAAUCCUUUGUACAAGACAGAAGAUGUGGCCUGGGCCAAGUGCCCCAAUCCUUUCAAAAAUAUUACAUUUGGCUCACUAGACCUUAGUAGCAAUGGCUGGAGCACAGAGAAGGUCCAGUAUUUCUGUACAGCCAUUAAAGGAACUCAAAUACAUUCUUUACUAUUUAGCCCUCAUAUAAUGGGUUCGGGAUUUGGCUUUAAUAACUUUAAAAAUCCAGAUGAUUCUACUUUUUCAGGAUUAGGAAGAAGUAAUCUUAGGUUUUUUGAUCUUUCAAAGGGUCACAUUUUCUCUCUCAAUUCUUUCGUCUUUCAGAGUCUUGGUGAUUUGGAAUCACUGAACCUUUUCAGUAACAAGAUAAAUCAAAUCGAAAGGCAAGCAUUUUUUGGCUUGGGCAACCUUCAAAUUCUCAAUCUCUCAAGUAACCUUUUGGGUGAGUUGUACGAUCAUACUUUUGAGGGUCUACGUAGUGUAGUGUAUAUUGAUUUACAGCAAAAUCAUAUUGGGAAGAUUGCUGACAAAUCAUUCAGUCAAUUAGUAAAUCUGAAAAUAAUUGAUCUCCGAGAUAACGCCAUUAAAACACUCCCUUCCUUUCCACAUGUGACCUCUGCCUUUUUUGGUGACAAUAAACUAAUGUCUGUAGAUGACAGAAGACUAACUGCAACAUACCUUGAUUUAGAAAGAAAUUGGUUGGCAGACCUAGGUGAGCUGUAUAUUCUUUUCCAAAUUCGAGAUCUGCAGUAUAUAUUACUAAAACAGAACCGGUUCUCUCACUGUGAGAAAAGUGCUAAUGUUAUAGAAAACAGUCAGUUAGUAUACAUGGAUCUAGGUGAAAAUAUGUUACAACUGGUGUGGGAGAGAGAUUUAUGUUUGGAUAUAUUUGGUGCAUUGCCCAAACUUCAGGUUCUACAUCUGAAUAACAACUACCUUAGUGCUCUUCCACAGGAGAUUUUUAGAGGUCUGACAUCUCUUAAAACACUUAACCUGGCCUCCAACCUGUUGUCUCAUCUUUCUCCUGGGCUUUUCCCACAAAGCCUAAAAAACCUAAACUUAUCUGGAAACCAGCUGUUUUCCCCUGAGCCUGAAGUCUUUAUGACUUUGAGUUUUCUGGAUAUAACACACAAUAAUUUUGUCUGUGACUGUUCUUUAAAGAGCCUGCUGGUGUGGCUGAAUGAAACCAAUGUAACCCUGGCCGGCUCCCAGUCUGACAGGUACUGUGUGUACCCCCCUGCCUUUGUAGGGGUACCCCUGUCCAGUCUGACAUACGAUGAUUGUGAUGAAGAUGAACUCCAGCAGACACUCAGAUUCUCACUAUUCAUCAUCUCCUCAGUCAUUUCUCUCGUGUUUCUGGUGGCAGUCAUCAUUUUUACUCGCUGCCGGGGGACUUGUUUCAUCUGGUAUAAAACCAUCACCAAAAGACUGAUAGACAACCAGCCACGAGUUGCAGAUAAAACUGAAUACAAAUAUGAUGCUUAUCUGUGCUACAGCAAAAAUGACUUUGAAUGGGUCCAGAAUUCUUUGCUAAAGCAUCUGGAUUCACAGUAUUUUGAUAAAAACAGAUUUACCUUGUGUUUUGAAGAAAGGGAUUUCUUGCCUGGGGAGGAACAUAUCAACAAUAUUCGUGAUGCCAUUUGUAACAGCAGGAAAACAAUUUGCAUUGUGACCAGACAGUUUCUCAAAGAUGGGUGGUGUGUGGAAGCCUUUAAUUUUGCUCAGAGCAGGUACUUCUGUGAUCUGAAGGAUGUCCUCAUUAUGAUAGUGGUUGGGUCACUUUCUCAGUAUCAGCUGAAGAAACACAAACCAAUUCGAAACUUCUUACAAAGGGGUCAGUACUUGCGGUGGCCUGAAGAUUAUCAAGAUGUAGAUUGGUUUUUAGAUAACCUUUCUUGCCAAAUUCUGAAGGAAAAGAAAGUGCAAAGGAAAAACAGUGGUAUAGAGCUGGAGCCUAUAAGAACUGUCUCACAAUGACUGUGUGAGUUCCUGGCAAAUAUCCCAUUUCCAACUGUGCCAUGGCAGGAAUGAACAGAAGCUGGCUUCAUCUUUCCUUGAAAAGACAUGCACAAUGAUAACUGUUUCAGUAUAAAUCCUUCAGAACACAGAGACAAAGCAACCAGCAGAUUUAUGAAAGUGCAAUUGUUUUUAUGGACUAAAACAUGCAUUUUCAGAAGAAUUGAGUGAAUCACAGAUGCUUCACAUUUUGGAUGCAUCUUCAGGCCCUUUAGUCCUGACUUUUGGAGUACUGCUUAAUGGUCUGUUUCAGCUAGAGAAGGAUGCUCAUGGUUAUUUUUUCAAAGAGAGCCCAUGGUACUGUCCAGGAGUGACUAAAAGUGCACUAAGCUGCUGCCAAGCCUGAUUGUUGUGGUUCCUGGACUACUUAAUUCUGUGCUUGCUGCACUGUAAAUUUUCAUGUUCUGUUUCACAGUACAAUCAUUGUUUUGUACCUUUAUGCUUUAUAUUGGUGUAACACAGAUUUCUUUGGUUAUUUUCUUCUCAAUUAACCUCAGCUUAGCUGGAGCAUACAAACUUUGGACUCCAUUCAUGACCUUCCCCUCCACCAACUACAA